CGCUAACAUAGGCAAACAGAGUGCCGGAAUAUCUCAAGACAGAAUAAACUAUGGCAGAGCAAGACAUGGCGACAGCAGCAAAAAACGUCUGGACCUCUAAACUGAAAAGUGUCUUUAAAGAGAGCCAUGUGGUGUCAGACAUGUUUUUUGGCUUCAUCAUAUUUUGCUUGGAGAAGUUCAUAGAGAAGGAGUUUACAUGCCCCUGCAAAGUUCCCUGGAACUGUCUGCUUGCAACUGCAUAUUUUUUUUCCCCUGCAGUUGCAGUCUUUCUGCUACUGAUGAAAAUCAAAGACUUCCAGGUCAACAUGGAUUCAAAGGAGAGAUAUAAAAUCCUGCUUUCCAGCUUUUUCCUGGCCAUACUUUGGAUCCUCAUUGUGUUCUGGGAUGGUCGAAGUUUUGCCUGUGCAAGAACAUCAUGGUCAGGCAGCUAUGUAGAAAUUGACAAAGCCGCCCCUCAGAAAUGGUGCAAACCAGCCAACCUCACACCAUCACAAGAGUCUGACUAUAUAAACAAGACUCAGCAUUUUUUUUCUCUGUCUCAGGGCAUUGGAAUGGGGCUGUUCAUCGUGCUCAUUUUGGGAAGCGUAGUGUAUUUUUUCAGUCAUGACGUCAAAGGAAAAGGGGAAGCGCCUGAGCCCACAAUUAAACAGGACAUGGAGUUAGUUGACAUCCUUCCCCAAGUCGCAAGUCCAGAAAGAGUGAAAAAAGAGUGCGCUAAAAAAGGAAGGGCAACCAUCUGAGCCCAAAACUGAUGCGAAUACUGAGUUACUUGGCAUUCAUCCUAAUGUCUGAUUUCAUAUAAUAAAGAACUGUUAGAAAAAAGCUUGCAUUACAGCUCAUUCUACCAAUAAUGGAUUAUGCAGAUGUUAUAUAUCAGUCUGCUGCAAAAGUCAGCCUUCUUACUCUUAAUGUAGCUUUUAAUACGUUUUGCAGAUUUGUUCUUGGCUGUCCUUUUACAACUCAAAAUUGUCCAAUGUAUGUAACUUUUAAUUUGUCCUCUCCCAUCAUACCAAGACAGCAAUUAUGGUUGCAGCUCAUUUUCAAAUGCAUAAAUUUCAAUUAUCCUCAGUAUUUGAAAUCGUUCAUGGCCCCUUUUAUCUUGAAUUAUCAAUUGAAACAGUCCCUUUUUUCCUGUUCAGUCCCUAAUCAUGAGCUUAAAAAAAGCCUUUAUGUUUAAAGCCUCUUCUGAUUGGAAUAAUGUACCUGUACAUAUUUAUCAGCUGUCCACAAUAAUGUCUCUAUAAUUGUGUUUUAUUACUUUGUUUAUUUUCUAACCAUUUAAAGCUUUGUCUAGCGUAUGAU